CAUGUAGCUAAAGAGCUGGAGGAGCUGUUGCAGUGGCUGAUGGGAGCUCCAGCUGGUCUGAAGAUGAACCGGGCUCUAGACCAGGUGUUAGGACGAUUCUUCCUCUACCAUAUACACCUGUGGAUCAGCUACAUUCACCUGAUGUCUCCGUUCAUUGAGAUGAUUCUGUGGUACGUGGGUCUGUCUGCCUGCCUGGGCUUGACCUUUGCCCUCUCCCUGCUCUCUGACAUCACCGCUCUGCUCACCUUCCACAUCUACUGUUUCUACGUCUAUGGAGCCAGGCUGUACUGUAUGACAGUAUAUGGUCUGUCCUCUCUGUGGAGGCUGUUCAGGGGGAAGAAAUGGAAUGUCCUCAGACAGAGAGUAGACUCCUGCUCUUAUGACCUGGACCAGUUGUUCAUCGGGACGUUACUCUUCACCAUCCUGCUGUUCCUCCUGCCCACCACAGCUCUAUACUACCUAGUGUUUACCCUGCUCCGCCUUGUGGUAGUAAUGUUCCAGGGAGUUCUCCACCUCAGUGUUGACUUCAUCAACUCCUUCCCUCUGUUCGCCAUGGGCCUCCGACUCUUCAGAUCCUACAGACUGGCAGGUGGGAGGGACCGUCUCCGCCAACAUGUCUAACUGUGUAGAACUGCA